AUGACAUGGAUAUCAGAUAAUAAAACUGUUAUUAUUUUUGAUGCUCCUUCUGUUUUGCCCAAACAAACAUUUCACAAAGCUGAUUGUGUUCAUUUCAAAGUUUUUGGUACUGUUACAGAGGUUCCAGAUCAAUGCUUUUUUGAUUAUAAAUUUCUUGAAACACUUGAGCUACCAGAUUCAAUUACUAAAAUUGGAAAUUCAAUUAUCGAAAAAACAUUGAUUAAAUCAUUUCAUGUUCCUUUAAAUUGCAAAUCAAUCCAUUCAGCAGGAUCUUUUGAUUGGACCUUCACUCUCGAAGAGUUUACUAUUAGUCAAGAAUCUAAUUAUUUUUCCGUUAUUGACGGAGUAUUGUAUGAUAAAGCAGUUAAAAUUUUGAUGUGUUAUCCGAGUGGUAGAAAAUCCCCUGUUUACACUGUCCCUUACGGUGUUGUUUCAUUUCAAACUGCUUCUUCCAACUGUAUAUCACGUUUAAAGAGAUUUAUUAUACCUCAAACAGUUACUGAUGGAUCUAAUAUAUUAUUUAACUGCACAGUUCCAGAUAUAGAGAUUAUCAUAUAUAGAUUUCCUUGGCAAGGAAAAAAUACAUUUCCAACUGGAUCUAAUGCAUUUCAAAGUAUGACUAACUAUGGAAGAGAUAAUCUCACGUUCAUAACAUCUGAAUAUUAUUCAGAGUAUUACGAAUUCAAUUCAACUGUUCGUUUGUUUGGAUUAAACAAUAGGAAGAGCAUUAGAUAUUCAGAUUCAUUCUUCUCUCUUCUCACGACAAUCAAAACAGUUGAUGUUUCGAAAAGUUUUGUUUCUGUUUUGACUACAGGAUUCUCAAAUUCCCCGAAUGCAGUGAUCAACAUUGAAAAAGAAAGUACGAGACUUCCCAAUCACUGUUUCUAUCAUAUAUCAAUUUCAUAUAUGUUAGUUUUUAUUUUAAUUUGA